GUCGCGUGAGAAAAGUGCUUCUGCCUAUCUCUACUGCCGUCCUCUCUCGUCGUAGGAAUCCGGGCGGGCGUUUUAGGGAGGACAAACUGCGCUGCCAGGUGAGGCCCGGAAGACAUGGUUGGGCCCAAUGUCCCCUUGUGACUAACCGUCCCGGAGGGUGGAACGAUCGCCACGCAAGGCGCAUCCUUCAGAACGCCUUCCGAACACGAGCGUACAAAUACAGAACUCGCGACGCUGUGCAAGGUGUAUCCUGUGAGCCCUGUGGCAGGGCCCGGCGCGGCACGAUCCGUAUGGGAACUAAGCCCAGAUCCCGACAUGGUCGGGCAUCUAUCGAACAAUCCUAUAUCCGGCCACCAGAACCAUGGUUCCAGCAAGGACACGCGGCAGAGGCAUCGUCCUGACGAUAACAUCUACGCGGAUGAGGCUACCACUGGCCAGAGCCCCACCAAUGAGACCAAACAGAUCUUUGAACUGCUCAGGGCCAGCGAAAUCGAGGCGGUCGAGGAACUGGUCGAGAAGAAUGGGCUGAGCGUGCUUAGCGCGAGAGAUGAAUGGGGAUAUACACCUGCUCAUUGGGCUGCUUUGGACGGCAAUGUUGAAGUCAUGAGAUAUUUGAUAGAACGGAGCGGACCCGUCGAUCUACCAUGCCUCGGCACACAAGGACCCAGGCCAAUACACUGGGCUUGUAGGAAAGGUCACAGUGCGAUAGUACAAUUAUUAUUAAAGGCCGGGGUCGCGGUCAACACGGCUGACUUUAAGGGCCUAACGCCUCUGAUGACUGCCUGCAUGUUCGGUAAAUUCGCGACGGCCGCUUUCUUGUUAGGAUCCGGAGCGCAAGGACAUUUGACGGACAUAAAUGGCGAUACCGCCUUACAUUGGGCUGCGUAUAAAGGGCAUGCUGAAUUGAUCAAGUUGCUGAUGUACAGCGGAGUGGAUCUGCAAAAGCCCGAUUACUUUGGCUCGACGCCGCUCCAUUUGGCCUGUCUGUCCGGCAAUAUCAGCUGUGUUCGAAUUCUCUGUGAAAAGAGCAAGAUCGAGCUUGAGCCGCGCGACAAAAACGGCAAGACACCGCUUCAGCUGGCUAAAAGUCAUCGCCACUCUGAGAUCGUGCGCAUCCUGCAGGCGGAACACAAGCGCCGUGCCAGAUGGAUACCGCCCAUCAACGAGUUAUGGGCGCUACUGUUUGGCGGAGCGGGCAAUAGUAAAGGACCACUGCUGUUGUUCAUGAUAUCCGUCCUGCUGUGGGGCUAUCCGAUGUACCUGUUAAAAUGUAUUCCGUUAACAUGGAACCUUUUGCGAGGCAGUCAUUAUUGCUUCAUUUACUGGAAUAUCCUCAUGUGGAUUUCGUGGAUCGUGGCUAACAGAAGAGACCCCGGUUACGUACCGCAAAACAGCGAUGCCUAUUACAGGGCGAUAAAACAGAUUCCGUACUUUGACAAAUGGAAGAAGCGAAAUAUCCUACUGUCACGAUUGUGUCACAGCUGCAGAUGCUUCAGACCUCUCCGUGCUAAACACUGUAGAAUUUGCAACAGAUGCGUUACAUAUUUCGAUCACCAUUGUCCAUUUAUAUAUAAUUGCGUUGGCCUACGGAAUAGAAUGUGGUUCUUCCUGUUCGUUAUGUGCGUGGCGAUAAAUUGCUCUUUCACGUUAUAUUUCGCGUGUUACUGCAUCGCAAUUGAGGGAAUUCAACUCUUGUAUGUUUUGGGUGUAUUGGAGGCACUUGUCUUUUGCGGACUCGGCUGGAUUCUAACGUGUACCUCGGUCUUACACGCAUGUAUGAAUUUGACUACCAACGAGAUGUUUAAUUAUAAGAGAUACUCGUAUUUAAGGGACAAAAAGGGCAAAUAUUUGAAUCCUUUCAGUCGAGGACCCAUGCUUAACCUUAUUGAAUUUUUCCUCUGUCCGCCAGAUCAUCAGACAAACGAUCUUCAGCAUUAUCAUAUUCUUUCGGAAGAUAUCAUAUAAGAUUUGGGAUGUACGGAUCUCUGAAUAUCUAUCUCACGCACUGUCUCACACGAAAAAACGUCAAGCGCGAUCACUGCAUGUACAAUAAUACAUUAUUUUUUCAAGUUACAUGUACAUUUUUGCACAUAAAGAAUAUUAUUACCACUUACUAAAGAUUUUCAUAUUUCAUAGUUUAUAUCGCGCGAUAUUUUGCUGCCAGGGCACAAUCUUGCAAAAAUGUAGUUGAAAAUUUUAUAAGUUAAUAUUUCAAUAAAUACUUUGUAAAAUUGA